AUGCCGAGCCUUCUGGCAGAGACCCAAUCCUCGCUGACGCAGCGUUUUUCGAACCUUGAAGCAGAACUGCAGACUGCCUUCGGGGACAUCCGGAAGCAGGUGGGCCUGGCGCACAAAGCCAUCGAGUCCGACCUGGUUCGACAUCUCGAGCGAAGCCAUGGGAGCGUGGAGGUGCCAUCAGCAAGUCCUUUGAUGGCGGCAGAAGUAUCUCCGCUGGACUCCUGGAUAUUGAAGGACGCCGGAAUUACGAUGACAAUGACCGUGUCCGAUACUCCCGGACCCAAAGAGAGCACCAUGUCGGUGGGAGCUCUGGUGCUACAGCAAACAGCAGCAGCUUUGCAAGAAGGAGCAUCGUCGCAACCGCAUUUUCGGCUGAAUAGCCAUCUGAUGGAAAUAUCUCAGAAGGCUGGCGAGGCAGUUGAGACGGUUAGCCGCAGAACGAAGCACAAGUUUGGAAGCGGCUCGGCAACACAGAUGGGAUCUCUUGGAUCGCAUAGGCAAAGGUCACCUACAAAAAGCUUGCACAGCGAGUUUGACAAAUGCGACUCGAUCGUGGUAUCGCCCAACUCCAAAUUUCGGGUCGGCUGGGAUUUUGCCAGCGUGACACUCAUCAUCUUGGACGCUUUCCUCCUGCCCCUCACCAUGGCCUUUGAUCUGGAUGUCUCGCCAUUCGCAGCUGGAGCAAAAGGUGGUGAGGUGCUUUUGCAAGCCUUAGCAAUGACAUCCUUGAUCUUUUGGCCACUCGACAUGGUCAUGUCGUUCAACACAGGCUUCUACAGGAAGGGCGCCUUGCAACUGAAGCGAAAGGACAUUUGCCUUCAUUACCUGAAGACUUGGUUCGCUUUCGAUGUUUGCGUCCUUGCCGUGGACUACACUGCCGGAUUUGUGGGCAAUGUCUCCAAGGAGCAGGGCGACCUCUUGCGUCCACUUCGGUCUGCACGCUACCUCCGCUUGUUGCGAACUCUCCGAAUUCUUCGAAUCUUCAAAGCCGGUAAGGUCAAUGUCAUAAUCGAAAACUUGGUGAUUUCGAUGGGAAGGCAAUGGCUGAUACUGCUCUUCACAAUUGGCCGAAUGCUGAUGGUGAUUGGAGGGGUCACGCAUGUUCUGGCCUGCGUCUUCUUCGUCGUGGGGAAGGCAGUAUCAGAAGCACGAGGCCUCCAGGCCGUUCCUGAAGCGCAAGAUCUGAAGAUGGGCAGUUGGAUCGACAUAGCACAGAUUGCGCUCUCCGAUCCUAGCAUCCAGUAUGUGCAUGCCAUCGGAUGGAUCCUCUUACCACCAGCGCCACCGCAACUGGACCCAGAAAGUGGAGUGGAGCACGUCGUUGCAGUGCUGGUUUUCGUGCUGACCGUGCUAGUCAUCGGAUCGGCACUGUCGAUCUUGACUGGUACGCUUCACGAGAUUCGCCAAGUCAACAACGAGCGCAGCCGAAAACGACGCGAGCUCCGUAUCUUCCUCCAGACCAAAGCAGUCUCGACAGAGCUGAUGAUGCGAAUCAUGAGCUAUGCCGACUACAAAAUGACUCGUCACUCCCCGAUUGGAUAUGAUACCUCCUUGAUUUCACCUGUCCUUCAUGCAGAAUUGGCCACGUUCCAGCUGGGAGAUCACCUUCGCGGACAUCCUUUGUACCUCUUGACCUCGAAGAUCUUUCCGCAAGUUUUUGCAGAAUUCUGCAGAUCUCUGGACAAGACGUAUUUCAGUGAGGCCGGCUUGCAUCUGAGUGGAGAAUGGUUUGUCUUGUGUAGCUGGUACGGAGCUCCACCAGGACUGGCUCUGCGGCCGAUUCCAUGA